AUGAAGCCAUUGUUUGGGAAGAUCGUGUCGAACAAGAUGCAAAAGUCCGUGCUCGUGGAGGUCGCGCGUAUUGUGAAGGACCCCAAGUACGGCAAGUACUACAAGAAGACCAAGAAGUUUAUGGCCCACGACGAGGAAGACGCGUGCAACAUUGGCGACUUUGUGCGGCUGUCCCCUACGCGUCCGCUGUCGAAACGCAAGCGCUGGAACGUCGAGGAGAUCACGCGCAAGGCCGGAACCCAGGAUGCCAGGAGCUGGCUGCUUGUGGAGCUGAGCGGGGGUACUGCUAGUCGGACACCAUCUUCUGCAGCAUAA